ACCCCUUUUGAAGAAGCUGCCACUGGGAUCUCCCGGGUUUCUGCUUCAAUGGUUGGGAGGGAAUCUGACUGCAUCGGGAAGACACCCUUGAUGCCUUCUCCAGCAUCUCCUCUGUGUAGUGAAGGGGAAAGAGCCACCAUGCAGCCAGCUCAGGAUCUGGUGUCCUUUGAAGAGGUGGCUGUGUAUUUCACGCGGGGGGAGUGGGCCCUGCUGCGCCCAGCCCAGAGAGCUCUCUACAAGGAAGUCAUGCUGGAGAAUUUUGGAAACGUGGCCUCUGUGGGACCUGUGACUGCCAAACCUGAGCUCAUAUCCUGGCUGGAGAAGGAGGAAAAGCUGUUUCUCCAUGGCUGCGAUGAAGAGGAGGGAUGGGGAGCUGGAAGUGUAUGGGAGUCAACAAAUGAAAGGAUAGAGUACCCAGUGAUGAAGAAAGAAGAUGUGUGUUCAGAUGUGAAAGAGAACAUUGGAUAUUGUGAUUUAUUGAGAAAGGAGGAGGGAAAACACCCCUUUAAAGGGAGGAAUGAUUCCAGUCUUUUAAAGGACGAUGACUGCAAUGCCAUUUCGCUACUACAAAAAACAUACAAAGGAGACAUUAAGAACGAGUGUUCUGCAAGUGGGGGGAUGUUUCCUGAAAAAUCAGACAUUAAUAUGCAUUGGAAGGCUCAUAAAAGAAAAAAAAUGUUUAAAAAGCAGAAGUGUAGAAACAUUGCUUCCUAUCAAAGAAGUCACACAGGGGACAAAAAAUAUACAUGCCAGGAGUGUGGGAAAAGCUUCAAUCUGAGUUGGCACCUUAAUUCUCAUCAAAGGAUUCACACAGGGGAGAAACCAUAUAAAUGCCUGCAGUGUGGGAAAAGCUUCAGUCAGAGUGGAAACCUUGCUUCUCAUCAAAGAAUUCACACAGGGGAGAAAAAAUAUAAAUGCCUGGAAUGUGGCAAAACCUUUAGUCAGAAUGCACACCUUACUUCCCAUCAAAGAAUUCACACAGGAGAGAAACCAUAUAAAUGUCUGGAGUGUGGAAAAAGUUUUGCUCAGAGUGGAAAUCUUACUUUGCAUCAAAGAAGUCACACACAAGAAAAACCUUAUAAAUGCCUAAAGUGUGGAAAAAGCUUUAGUCACAGUGGAAGCCUUACUUCACAUGAAAGAACCCACACAGGAGAGAAACCAUAUAAAUGCCUGGAGUGUGGAAAAACUUUCAGUAACAGUAGGCACUGUACUUCCCAUCAAAGAAGUCACACAGGGGAGAAGCCGUAUAAAUGCCUGGAGUGUGGGAAAAGGUUCAGUCAGAGUGGAAGCCUUACUUCCCAUCAAAGAAUUCACACAGGAGAGAAACCAUAUAAAUGCCUGGAGUGUGGAAAAGGUUUCAGUCAGAUUACACACCUUACCUCCCAUCACAGAAUUCACACAGGGGAGAAACCAUAUAAAUGUCUACAGUGUGGGAAGAACUUCAGUAACAAUGGAUACCUUACCUCCCAUCAAAGAAUUCAUACUGGGAAGAAACCAUACAAAUGCCUGGAGUGUGGGAAAAGUUUUGGGCGGAAAGACAGCCUAAGUUCCCAUCAAAGAAUUCACACAGGGGAGAAAAAAUAUAAAUGUCUAGAAUGUGGGAAAAGAUUUGCUCAGUGUGGAAGUCUUAUUUCUCAUCAAAGAAUUCACACAGGAGAGAAACCAUAUAAAUGUCUUGAGUGUGGAAAAAGCUUCAAUAACAGUGGAUCCCUUACUUCCCAUCGAAGAACUCACACACAUGUGAACCUGUAUAAAUGCCUGGAAUGUGGAAUAACCUUCAGUAACAGAAGAUGCCUUAAUUCCCAUCAAAGAAUUCACACAGGAGAGAAACCAUAUAAAUGCCUGGAAUGUGGAAACACCUUUAGUAACAGUGGCAAUCUUAAUUCCCAUCAAAGAAUUCACACAGGAGAGAAACCAUAUAAAUGCCUGGAGUGUGGAAAAAGUUUUCGUCAAAGUGGAACACUUCUUUACCAUCAAAGAAUACACACAGGAGAGAAACCAUUUAAAUGCCUGGAAUGUGGAAAAAGCUUCAGUAACAGUGGAUAUCUUACAUCCCAUCAAAGAAUUCACACUGGAGAAAAACCAUAUAAAUGCCUUGAGUGUGGGAAAAGCUUCAGUAAGAGUGGAAAUCUUACUUCCCAUAAAAGAAUUCACACAGGGGAGAAACCAUAUAAAUGCCUUUGCGGGAAGAGCUUCUACGAAAGUACAAAACUCAUAAGACACCAAAGAACUCACACAGGGGAGAAACCAUAUACAUGUUUGGUGUGUGGAAAGAGCUUCAGUAACGGUGCUUACCUUACUACACAUCGAAGGUUCCACACAGGAGAGAAACCAUACAAAUGUUCUGAAUGUGGAAAAAACUUCAGCAUGAGAACAAGCCUUACUUCACAUCAAAGGAUACACACAGGAGAGAAACCCUUUAAAUGCUUGGAGUGUGGGAAGUGCUUCCGUCGGGGCGACCUCCUUACCUUGCAUCAAAGAAUUCACAAAGGAGAUAAAUUAUUUACAUGUUUGAAGUGCGGACAGAGCUUUUGUGAGAAAUUAAGCUACAAGAGUCAUCAGAAAACUCACACAGGGGAGAAACCCUUUAAAUGCAUGGAGUGUGGAAAGAGUUUUAGUCAGAGCUCACAGGUUAAAUUGCAUCAAAGAAUCCACACAGGAGAGAAGCCAUUUAAAUGCUCAGAGUGUGGAAAGAGCUUCAAGUGGAGUACGCACCUUACUUCCCAUCAACGAAUCCACACAGGAGAGAAACCUUAUAAGUGUUCAGACUGUAACAAGGGUUUUUGUGAAAAAUCAAGCCUAAAGAAACAUCAGAGAACUCACACAGGAGAGAAACCAUAUAAAUGUUCAGUGUGUAACAAGAGCUUUUGCGACAAAUCAAGCCUUAAGAAACAUCAAAGAAUUCACACGGGAGAGAAGCCGUAUAAAUGUGUAGUAUGUGGAAAAAGCUUCAGUGCCAGCACAAGCCUUACUUCCCAUCAGAGAAUACACACUGGGGAGAAACCCUAUAAAUGCUUGGAGUGUGGCAAAAGCUUCAGGGCAAGCACAAGCCUUACAUCACAUAAAAGAGUUCACACCGGCGAGAAACCAUAUCAAUGCAUGGAGUGUGGGAAAAGCUUUGGUGAGAACUCCAGCCUUAAGAAACAUCAGAGAAUUCAUACAGGGGAAAAACCAUACAAAUGCACAGACUGUGGAAAGAGCUUUAGUAUGAGCACUAGCCUUACUUCCCAUCAAAGAAUACACACAGGAGAGAAACCGUACAAAUGUUCAGAGUGUGGAAAGAGCUUCUGUCGGGGUGAUCUUCUUACUUUACAUCUAAGAAAUCACACAGGGGAGAAACCAUUUAAAUGCCUGGAGUGUGGGAAAAGCUUUAGUCAGAGCGGAGGCCUUACUUCCCAUCAAAUAAUUCAUACAGGGGAGAAACCUUUUGAAUGCUCAGAGUGUGGGAAGUGCUUUCGAUGGCGGGCACAGCUUGUUUCACAUCAGAAAGAGCACGCGAGUGAAUGACUAUACAAAUGUUCAGUUAGUAUAGAAAGCGUUCAUAAAAGUGCAUUGCACCUCAAAGAGGGGGGUUGUGGUAGAGACCUAUACAACUGUGACAUGUGGAGAAAGUGCAGCGAGAAAACUUCGUGUGAAGGGUAAUUUUGAAAACAUCCUCAAAUAACAAAUGUAGUGUCACUAAUUGGAAGGGAACUUGUAUGAAAUUAAUAUGAAGGGACUGUGUAGCUUUCUUGUAUCAAACCUACUGACAUAGUUUAGAGUUCAGUGUUGCUAAGAGCCAUACUAGAAUUUUUCUUGUGGAAGUAGCCCAGUUUUUAACUUUUAAAAA